UGCGCAUGCGCGCGCAUAAGUUCAUGAAAAUAGUUUAAAAAAUAGUAUUAAAGUAUCUUCGCUACUUAAAACAUUUAUACCUACCUAUUUACUUUCUUUAUUAUUAGGUACCUAACCAAUUACCUACUUGGAAAGUAGGUACCUAUUCAGAGCUAAAGACAGUGAUAAAAAUAGAUCUGUGUGAUGUCGAACAUGCAAGUGUUACAGUUGUAAGCCAUCGCCCACGAUCUUUAUUAACAAGAUUAAUCAUGGCGAGAUAUAAGAAAGUAAACACUCUUGAAUGUUUGGCACUAACCAAACUAGGAGAUUGGAUUGCAAAGCAAACAGAAAGGCAAAUGUUGUCCACGGCAAUACUUGCCCAACAAAACCCAAACCAAACGCAAAUAGCAUUAAACCGGUAUAUUGAAAAUAUACGUUGUUAUUUAGAUUUUCAUGUGCCAUGGAUGCUUCAUGACAAAUUAGCGAAUGAAGCUAUUAAAGCCUUGUCUGACUUAAUAGAAAAGACAAAGAAUUCUUUGGGAUUUCGAGGCUCGAUGGGAAAGUUUGUCAGUCAAAUGAAUGUUAUCGUAAAAAUGACUGAAGUUUUGUUCACCAAAAAUUUUACUUGUGUUUCCAUUGAUAGUAUACCGAAAAUGAUGCGUACUGUAUUCUAUUCAAAGCUACAUAUGUUAACUGGCCUUGUAUAUUUAAAUUUAGGAUCUCUUUCCGGCGGCUGGAAGACUGCUGACAUGGAAGAGUCGAUCAUAUCGGCUUUAAAGCAACUGCACUGCCUUAAGUAUCUCAUUAUAAAUUACGAUUGCACAGAUAACAUAUUAAGGUGUAUAGUGCAAAAUUGUACAAAAAUUAAAAAAUUAGAUGUUUCAUGUUCUAAAUCUGUAACUAAUAAAAGCAUAGACAUAAUAAGUAAGCUGAAAGGUUUGAAGUCUAUUCAGCUGUAUCAUACGUUUGUUACAUGGGAAGGGUUUGUUAAUUUAUUGAUUCAUUGUCCCAGCUUAGAAGACGUCGGUAGAUGUGAUGAAAUUGGUAAAGUUUUGGAAUUCAUACACAUAAAUUGUCCUGAAACUUAUCCUUUUAAUCUUAAAAUCUACGUUAGUAGGUAUGCAACGAGCUACCACUUAGAGUUAGCAGUAGAAAUGUGCCCAAACAUUUGCUGUAUGACCGUGUUUCAUAAUACUUUGCAAAGUGAUCUGAUGGUACUAAUCGGAUUAAAAAAUUUGUUUGAUUUGAAAUUAUUAUCAUGUGAUUUUUAUGCAGACCAAAUAAAACAAGUACUUCAAGUAAAAGGUUGCAACCUCUUAAAGUUACAUCUCGAACAUGUGGAUCAAAUUGACUUGAAUGCAUUAAUGUAUAUAAGCCAAUUGUGUCCUUUACUUGAAAGUUUGACUUUUUAUAAUUGCACUUUAAUUCAACACACAUCUUUGUAUACCAAAAAACUGGAAAUUUUGCCCUUUAGAAAUUUAAAAAAGCUAACGUGUGUUUCAUCUUUUACCGACGAACAGUUGUUAUUCCUAUUGACUAAUUGUGUUAAUGUGGAAUUUAUCCAAAUAGGAACAGCUAUUCAACUUACAGAUGAAUUUGUGUUUAAGAUAUUGGAAAUUAAUCCGAUGAUUUAUUUAAAAGAAUUACGAAUAAUGCAAUCAGACUUUUUAACAAUGUUAUCGGUAGAAAGAAUUAUUCAGAGUUGUAUGAGUCUAGAGAUAUUAGUAGAAUUAGAGAGUUGGUCUUUAAUAACGGAAAACGAUCGAGAAUAUGUAAGAAAUUACAUUAAAAUCAACAACUAUAACGUAGACAUAUCUCCAAUACGUCGAUAUGAUGCAUAAGUUUCAGAAAACUACACAAAAGUAGGUACCUACGCGAAACGCGAUAAGAACGAUCUUCACUCAUCUGAUAACCAAACGAAUUAUAUAAGUAGUUAUCUACUAAUCGAAAACAGUGAAUGAAAAGAAACAAGAAAAUGUAGGGCUGCCUAAAGAUAACCUGUCAAGAGUCAGGGUUGCCACACUUUGAUGAGACAGCAGGAAUCUGCUCUCGAUUGGUAUCAAAUUCGUUAGGUAAUCAGAUUGGUGAAGAAAUUUAAAUUUGCUCCUUCUUUAUUUAUUGCUAUAGGCACACGCUUGACCACAGUCACACUUGAUGUGUGUGUGAUGAUAUGGCCUAGGAUUCAUUUACCUUGAAGAAAGUUUCCUAGCAAUUACAAUCUGGGUAACUUUGAUACAAGUUAAGGAUAUCCAGAUUUGUAAUUGGUAGGAACCUUUCGAUAGCCUCACUGUGCCGGGAUUGUGAAGGAAUUCUUUUUAUUGAUUUAUAUUAUGCUGCUGGCUCCGAAGCUGGAUUUGCAACAAUGAAAAAAAAACGGCCAAGUGCGAGUUAGACUCGCGCACUGAGGG